UUGCCUUUAAAUCGCGUCACGUGACGGUAAAUGUAGCGCAUGCGUUCUAUCUCAAAAACUCAUCGGCCAUAUUGGUGUGUUGUUUCAUUCGCCCAAUAAUUCUGAACUUAAAUAAGCUUACGUUGCAAGAUGACGGAUUCAAUGAAAUUUGGUCCCGAGUGGUUGCGCAACUUGUCAGGAGAUGGUUGCAGUGCUGGCGGGGGAGGGGGAGGACCUGGUAUCCUUACCACCCCCCGUUAUCAGCUUGCUGAGCAUAGAUAUGGUCGUGAAGAGAUGCUGGCUCUGUUUGACCGGAAUUGUAAGCCCCCUGAACCUCUUGUUACUUUUCCUGCCCUCUACAUCGUACAAGCCCAACAACCUUUGGCACUCACACCAAUGACAGAAGAGGAAGCGCGUUCCUGGAAUAGUGGGUUAACAAACAACGUGGGUCGUGGAAGAGGUGGGAGUGUAGAUCGAGGAGGACGAGGCAGGGGUGGCAGAGGCAUUUAUCCAGGUCAUUACUCUCGAGGUGUCGUUUUCGAUGAACCAGGUGACGGAGUGAGAGCCGAGACACAGUCUUUCCAGGGACGAAGUAGACCAUUCGACAGAUCACAGAGUGAAAGAGGCUGGUCGGAACGAAAUGGAGGACCUGAACCUGGAGACUGGAAUGGUUCUACUAGUCCUAGAAAGGAAUUGGGACGUGGAGGAGUCGGUGGGUCGUUUAUGGAAGGCAAUUGGCGACGACAACGUGCCGGUGAAGAUGACGAUGGAUGGAGAGUCGCUUCGGGUAAUCGUGGCGAUAAGUGGGUCAGAGGUAGCUGGAGAGAUGGUGGUGGCUCUGAGAGAGGUGAUCGAUUAGACAGACCAGAUGGCGUAGAUGGCGAAGAGGUGAGAAGUGGUAGUACACGUUGGGAGCACAGAACCAGUCAUAGGUCUUCCCAUGAUUCUGUGCAUCAUCCCCCUACCCGCUCUCUUCGCACUUGGGAACCCAAUCAUCAUGACAACCAUGACAACCUUCCUGAAUGGUCUUAUUCUUGUAGGGCAACCGAGAAUCCUAGCGAGAGCGGUGGCAGUUUUGAUGCGUCAGGAGCAUUCCAUGGUGGCAUGUAUUCUGACGAUGAUGAAGAUGGAAUAAUUAGUGCUGGUGGAAAUCGAGAAACCAGGAUUAGGCACUUGUCAGAAGGGAAUAAUUUAAGCAACUCUAAGCCUUUAUCCAAAUCCUUACUUCAUAACCAAGGACCAAUUUCCAGUCGUCGUAUCAGUGCGACGACGAAUGCUUUAAUUCGAGAACGACCUAAAUCCCUGCAACCCUUUGAGGACAAGGAAAGUUCUGAAGAGCAGGAAAAACGCAGCGUCUCACCGCCAAAGCCAUUAUCUACUCCAAAUAAUACACCGAUUAAAAGUUCACCACCACCUGUAGUUGACAUUACGCCUAGAAAAGUGCAAAGUCCCACCAACUUGGACAAAGUGAUCGAUCAAAAUCCUUCGCAAAUUGAACAAAAUUCGAAAUCCUCUGGUGAAAUAGCGGUCAAAAAAGUUAGAACUACUGAGACCAGAAGUGAAACGUCAGUUAUUAACAAUGAAAAGCCACCGUUACAUUCCGGAUUAAAAAAGAGUAAAAGUACCUUGGGAAUGAUGUCGGCCACUAACGUCAGACAAAGGUCUGAAGAAGAUCUAGACAGAAUGAAAGAAGAAGCCGACGCGUUAGUGGCCAAAUUAAUGGCUGAUGAGGAAAUUCAUAAAGACCAACGAUCCAGUGUUCCACCUUCGGUCAAUAAUCAGGUUCCUGGAAUCCCUUCUGGACAGGAAAAGUGGUUUUAUCGAGAUCCUCAAGGUGAGGUACAAGGACCGUUUUUGGCCAGUGAAAUGUCCGAAUGGUUCAAAGCUGGAUACUUUAACGUCAAUUUGCUAGUUAGAAGAGCCUGCGACAAUAGGUAUUCCAUGCUUGGGGAUCUCAUUAAAAUGUGGGGCAGAGUACCGUUCAUGCCAGGACCACCUGUACCUCCAUUAAAGUUUCCCUUGCAGGUUACCGAGCCAGUAGCUAUCCCAGUACCAGUUGGGAUUCCCAGUGCCCUGCCAAAAGCUGGUAUGGAAGACCCGUUAGUCCUGUAUCAGUAUCAACAAAUGUGCAUGCUGCAAAAUCAGCUAGUCCUUCGACAUGUGCGCUCCACCAUUGUUGCAAAGUUAUCACAAUCUGAACAAUGGGCAUCUAUGAGUCCUGCCGAUCAAAAUCAACUGAUUUAUCAACACAUGCUGCAGCAGCCUGAAAUGGCAGAGAUAUCACCCAUUGCCGUCAACCCUUUUGUACCUACCCUAACUGCACAGCCAGCUAAUUCUAUAAUGCAAUUAUUCACACAGAUACAGCAGGCGAAAACGCAAUCCGAAAAUCAACUUCCACCAUCUAUGCAUCCCACAACACCAACACCCGCAGGAACGAUAGAUCCUGUCCAACAGCUCAUCCAACAAAUGGGAGGGAUACAAAAUCUUCAUGGAAUGCAACAGCCAAAUAUGACACCUGCAUCUACUGCUACACCUGAAGAUAAUCCGAUUAAAUCGUUGUUACGACAGCUCAACGUUAACGGACAUCCGCAACCCACACAAAUCGAGUCAGUUUGGCCGCUUCCUCCGCCCCAAAUUGCACCACCUCAAUUCGGAACAUCAAAUUGGCAAUCCCAGAUGGGCCCUAUUCCUGCCAUGCCCCCUGGUCAAUUGCCUAAUUCUUUGUGGGACUUACAUACUAAAGACAUGAAGACUGAACACCAAAUACUAGAGGAGCAGAAACUGAGGUUACAAGAAGAAAAGAAAAAGGAUGAACUCAAAAAACGAGAAGAACUCGAAAGACAAGCAGAGGAAGAGAGUGCGAAGAAAAAACUAGAAGAAGCGAAAAAAGCUCGAAUAGCCGAGGAAGCAGCCAAGCGCACAGAAGAGGAAAGAAAAAAGAGAGAAGAAGAAAAAAAAAGAAAGGAGGAGGAAAAGCGCAAACAAGAGGAAGAGUUGAGAAAGAAGGAAGAGAAGAAACGCAGGGAGGAGGAAAGAAAACGUGAAGAAAAGCGAAAACAAGACGAGGAAAAUAACCGAAAGAAACAGGAGGAGGAAAAAAGAAAGAAAGAUGAAGCCAAAAAACUAGAAGAAAAACAGAGAAAAGAGGAGGAAAAGAGAAAGAGGAUAGAAGAAGAACAAAAACGAGAGGAAGAAGAUCGAAUUAAGAAAGAAGAAGAGGCCCGCAGAAAGGUAGAAGUUGAAGAGCAAGCUAAACGAGCGGAGCAAAGAAGACGAGAGGCAGAGGCACUCAGGAAGUUACAAGAACGUAGUAAGGCCCCUUGGGCACAAACGCCACAUGCGCCACCUCCAUCUACUCAUGCUUCCCUUGCUGAAAUACAAAGGCUCGAACGAGAGAAGAAGGCUGAGGAAUUGCGAGUCCAGCAACUGAUGCAACAGCAAUUAGCACAGCAGAGAGCUGCGGAAGUAGCUCAGGAAGUAGCGGCAACAGAAAUUUCGAAGGGUCUGCAGUUAAAAUGGGCUGAAAAAGCUGCUCCAGUUUCUAAGCCUUUGGUCAAAAGUCUUGCUCAGAUUCAGCAAGAAGAACAGGAGCGCCUCGCCAAGGUAAAGCAGCAAGAACGGGAAAGACAAGAAAAAGCUGCACAAAAAGAACCAGUUGUUGCACUACAAAGUGUUGGUAUUUGGGGAACAGCUGCACAAUCUCUAAACUGGACGAACGCCGGUGCUAACAAUCAGGCUUGGUCUAAUAGCAGCGGUACUGGUGGUUUUUGGGACGAUCUAACGCCGCCUAAAGCUACGUUAACUCCUAAGCAGUCCGCCAAACAAUCAGCAACUGCCAAGGCUUCCGCCAAUCCCGUCCAGCAACAACAACAAAACAAUAAAGCAACUAAAAGUAAAACCAAGAAGGACGAAGAGCUGGUGAAAAAGUCUUUUGAACAGAACACUGCCAAAUCAGACGACUUCACUCAGUGGUGCAGCAAAGCACUGGGUGGUCUUCAAGCAUCUAUUGAUAUUCCAACGUUCGUUGCCUUUUUACGUGACAUUGAAUCGGCCUACGAGGUCAAAGAAUAUGUCCGAUUGUACCUGGGCGAUAACAAGCAGUGCAGUGAAUUUGCUAAGCAGUUCUUAGAGAAACGUAGUAAGUGGCGAUCUGCUCAACGGCCACAUCCUCAAGCUGAUGACUUAUGCAAACCUGCUCCAGCUGUUAAUCCCAAUGCAACGACUACAGAAUUUCAGGAAGUCAAGGGAAAAGCAAAAAAAACAAAAAAAGGAAAAAUGUUCAAAGUGGACAGCAGGAUUCUUGGGUUUAGCGUCACUGCUGCUCCAGAUCGCAUCAAUGUUGGUGAUCGCGACUACGGAGAGGGCGUCUGAACACAUAGCUUGGAGUCUGUCAACCCCCAACUUUAUCCAUGCUCGAGAAAGUCAUGCUACACUUGAAUCGUUUGUACGUACCGUUAUUUAUUUAUUAAGGCUGCCAGUCAGCUUCUAGAGCAUUCGUUAAAAGUAUUUCAAAUUUUAUAUAAAACAAAUAGCAAAAAAAAACGAAAAUUUUCUAUGAAAAUUUUAUUGAAUACAUGAAAAUCAUCUCGUGGAUUUCAGCUUUUUAACGAGCGUUUUAGAAACACGAUGCGUAUAUGUGUAGCAUCAUUUUCUCUUUAGUGGUAGUUAUACCCAAUAAGCAGUGUUCAGAUAUACCAUUACUCGGACAAAUGAAUAUUGUAACACCCGAAACAACGGAUUUGUCGCGUGAAAUGAAAACCUUUCAUAAAAACACCCGUUCUUCAACAGUUUCUACUGAUCUGUAUUCCACUCACUGUGCGCCAUUGGAUGCCACUACGUUAUUAAAUAUCAAUUUUUUUUUCUUUUUUCUUUACUUAGUUCAAAGCUCAGAAAGACAAUUAUCCCUUAUCAUUAGCACGCUUCUUCUGAUCUUUGCAACUUAUUUUCUAAGAACUGUAUUAUAUUUCUCCCAAAACUCACUCUUUGUACAUUUCAGUGAUAGGCUGGUUACAUUCAUUUGUAUUAAACAAAUACUCAACUUCUUGGAAUUUUUAUUGCGCGGUGAAGCCAUAUGCUUUUAAAUGGGCGGUAAUUUCAGGACAUUUCCUCGGAUUAGAGGGCUGCCAAUUUUGUUGUCGCUCAAACUUCGAUGCUUGGCAAAAUAUGUAUGCAGUAGAGUUUCCAGACAUCUUUGAUUUGGAUGAGCUAUUCUCAAGUUGGUUGAAUAAUAUGCGAUUUGCAAGGUCGGUCAUAUUUUUUAGAAAAUUUUCUCAAUGAAAGUUUUUAAAAACAAUAUCUCCAUCUUCGAAAAUUUAAUUUAUCAACAUUGACUCACUUGAACUGUAAAAAUCAUGGAAUAAUUGUUCGUUGAUAUCUAUUCGCAAAGUUAAAACUGUUUCAUUGUCAAUGAAAAAGUGUAACUGAUGUCUUACGAUCAAAUGAAAAAUACAGUAAAAUAAAUUAUUGACUACGGUGAGUUCUGAUAUUUCUUUGUAUUUCAAAUACUCGACCUUUUCUUCAGACGAAGAAUCCCUGUAUCUUCCUACAGAGAUUCUUGAAUGCAAACCAGCAAAGCGGUAUUGUACUAUUUGAAUCUUGACAGAUUUCAAAAAACGAUUAUACCGAAAUUGACCAUUAUUGUAACAAUACGAAACGUAUUUUGACAAACACCAGAAGGGCAAUCGCUACAUCAGAUUUGAUCGUAUAUAAUAAUGUAAAGGUUGUUAAUCGAGAGUUAACGGGCUUCUGCUAAUACACGAAAGAAAGAACAUGGAAGUAUUAGACCGAAGUCCGAUGACUCUUAAAUGAAAGAUUUAUAUAUAAAUAGAAAUUGUACAAUAAUACAGUGAUGAUUAAAUACACAGAAUAAUUGAUUGAUAUUGUAUUAUUACUAUUACCAUUGUAUCUAUCAUACAACAUAAUAAAAUAAACAUUAUUAUAUUUUCAA